AUGGACAAGGAUAACCUUCUGAAGCGCCUACAAGACUACCCGUACAAGUGGUUGAAUGCUCUGGACAACGCCGAGAUCCGACACGAGAAGGAAACCGAGCGAAUCGUUGUGGUAUGCUGGAAUGCCGCUGUGGAGGAUGACGGUGCAUGCAGGGAGCGGCUGGACAGUAAGGACAUCUCGGCCGGCGUAAGCACGUUCCGACACGAGUCCCACUCACGCAAAGAUACUCCCUACGCCGAGAAGUUCGCGCGCAACAUGCGCCAGUCCGAGAACACCGGACACACCCCGGCGGCUGUUCCGAGACGCACUCGAGUCACGUUUAUUGAACCGGCACCGGCCGCGCAAUCCCCUGUGGUGCUGUCAUCCGCCGACGAUUCCAGCGACGACAACUUUCGCGUGCGCCGCAGCCGCCGUCGACACAACCCUCACAAAGCGCCACCCAGGAAAGGCGAAGGACAAUGA